AUGAUGAGGCGACUCCGCACCGGCACCUUCAGGACGAAGAGCAAUCAGGGGAAUGCCGAGGGCGUCACCCAGUUGGAGCGCGUCGAGUCUCUCCUCGUGAAGCAUGAGCAGAGUCGCGCCGGCGCAGACGUCGAUGAUACGCUCCUCGGCGAGGCCUCGUCGCCCAUCUUCAACGUGGACUACUACCAGGAUGCGCGGCGGCAAGUCUACAAUGAGUCUCUUCUGUUCCGAAACACGCCCUUUUACGCCAGCAAAGUGCACCUGGAGCAGCGCUUCGAUGAGCAUCAUUUGCUGCGCAUGCAUUUGGCGGCGUUGGAGCGGUCGGAGCGCAACGGGCCUAUCCUGAUGCCUGACGAGUUCCUGUUCCUCGACGCGACAGACAUCCCGCCGGCGCUGCUGGCGACGACCUCUCUGGGUCCGCACGCCGGCGGCGCGCUGCAGCACCUGACGUCGGGCUUCGGUCCGGCGGCCUCGAUGGCAGCUGCGGGAGCCACUCCGCUCCAUCGAGCGUCUUCGGCUGAGCUUGCCAUGCCGCCCUUGCCAGGCGCUGCGCAAGCGGUCGCGGGCUCUGCGGCGAGCAGCGCGCCGUUCCACAGCUCCGCGGUGACCAGCAGCAUCGGGCAUCAGCUGGCCGCAGGGACUUCGAUGGGGCGGAUGGCUGGCGAGGGCCCAGGAGGCACGAGCGCGGUCGGAGGCGACUACUUCGUGUUCGACAGAGGGCAGUUUGGAGGGAGGGGCGACCGCCACAUGCUCGGCGCCGGCGGCGAGGUGUCGCAGGUCAGCAACGUCGGAGGAGAGAUGCACGUUCUGAACUGGAGAGCCUGGGUGCAGCGGCAGCGACAGCGAGGCUGGUUCAACAACGAAACGCUCUUCUACAUGACGAUUCUCGGCGGAAUCGUCGGCGCCGGAAACUUCACCACGUUCUGGAGUCAACUGCAAAUCUGGAAGAGCAGCAUGUUCUUCAUCCCGUUCGUCAUCUACCUCUUCCUGGUCGGCAUUCCUGCGAUUCAACUCGAGAUUCUGAUGGGCAAUCUGUUUCGAGGAGCGCCGCUGAAAGAGUUCACGCAGAUCAGCCACAAGCUCGUCGGUGCGGGCGUUUUGACGUUCGUGAGUUGCCUCGUGCGCAUCAUUCUCUUAGCAAAUCGCAGCGCGCAGCUUGUGGUGUACUUCAUUGCUAGCGUCAAUACACCGCAUCCGUGGGAGUUGACGACGCAGGACAUCCACAGCUGUCUGAUCCUCAGCGGGCACAAGUUUCAGUGCGAAGCAACGAUGCAUGGAACCUUAUGUCACUACAUUGACGAGGAAGGCGUCUGUAUGGCGUCCCCAACCGGAAAGGCGACGUACUACUAUCUGAAAGAGCUGCAGCCGUCAACCAUCGAUAAGGACGUGAAUCCGGAUCGCCUUCAAGGGAAAUUCAUCGGCGCUGUUGCCUUUGUCUGGCUCUACAUUCUUGCCUACAUUUGGCGCGGGCUCUUCAAGCUCGGAUUCUUGUCGGCGAUUUUAAUGUUCGUCGCAGGUAUCCUGUGCGUGACGCUGAUGCUUGUGUGCUUCUUCGGAGCCGCGGAUUCGGGCCGAGACAUUGGUGCCAUUAUUCGCGCGACCUUCAACUUUAGUCAGCUUCUCUCGUCAUUUCAGGUGUCGCGGCUGACUGCGGCAGUCCUCCAAUUCGUCUUCCAAGAUCUCUCUUUGGGCUGUGGCAUCUUCGGGACCGUCGGAAGCUUCACGAAGAUUGGCUACAAUGUCGUGCCAAGCGUCGCCUACGCAACGCUCCUAGACUUCAUUAUGUCGCUUCUCCCGUUCGCGGCCCUCCUCGCCGUCAUUGGCAGCAUCAAGGUCGAUACCGGCGUGUCGGUGAACCACCUGGUCUCGAAGACUCGCGGAGCGACGGCGUACUUUGUCAUUUUUCCGGCGGCGUUCACGCGCGUGUCUGUGCCGAACCUUUUCGCCAUGUUUUUCUUCGGAGGCAUUUUCGUCCUGAACACGCAAAUCGCGGCGAUUUCAUUUAGCACCAUGAUCAGCAUGAUUUCGGAAGCGCGCGUCUUCCCGAAGAAGUAUCGAAAGGCCCUUUCCGCCGUCGUUAUUCUCAUUUGCUUUCUCUUCUCCAUCCCGUUCUGCGGAUCGAACCAGCAAGUUCGCGUCGACUUUUUUAGUUACCUCCUCGCGACUUUCAUGAUCCCCAUCGUCAUUCUCAUGCAGGCCAUCGCCAUCGGCUGGGUCAACAACUACCGCCUACAGAUUCGCCUUGCCGGAGCAAAGGCCUAUUACUGCCACACCGCAUGCUGCUGGGUCGUCACUGUCGUCUACGUGACCGUGAUGGUUAUCAUGAGCGGAGGAGUCGCCGCGUCGGUGCUGUUCGUCCCGAUCAUCAACUCUGUCCUGGCCGCGAUCUUCGCCUUCUUCUUCAAAGAGCCCCCGGCGGCUCCAGAUUUCGCGACGCGGUUCUGGGCGCUGUGGCUGGGGAACAUCGAGGCGUUUCGGCGCGACGUGUGCCGCUUGACGCUCUUUCCUCCGCGUUCCAGCCGGCCUGCGCAAGUGUGUCUCAGCUUCCUCAAGCGCGUCUUCUGCGCCUGCUGCAGUCGAGGCCCCUUCUUUCUCUGCCGGCCCUCGAUGUACUGGUCUUUCUGCGUCAAAUACAUUAUUCCCGUGUCUACACUCCUACCCUUCGUCCAAGGCUUGACAGAUUUUGAGAGGCAGUGGGCCUUUAUGUCGCCUUCUCCCAACCUGCGCAACGCGGGACUCGCGCUCGUCAUAAUCACUUACGUUGUUGCUGCCGGGAUUCUCUUCAUUCCUAGAGUCCACUGGUGGGUUUGCCCACCUCCCGAGGACUACAUGCCCAUUAAGAUGUUUCCACAUCAUCCGUACCGGUCGCCGCCUCCAGUGCCGCUGAUGCGCUCGCUGUCGAGGCUGUUUCGGGAGUUCCUGAGCUCGUCCUACAAGACGUCGGCGUACCUCUCAGGCAUCGUCACAGACUACCGUCUGCACCAGCAGCGGCAGGGCGUGCCCCUACGCGAAACAGGGCUCAGCUUACAGGGGGCUGCUCAGGGCGCCGAGGUGUUUCGAACCGCGCCGACGAGCUCGCUCCCCGCAGACGUCCAGGGUCGCAUGCGCAGCCAAAUCAGCAACGACAGCAGCGAAGUUGUGCGCCGGCCUACGCCAACCAAAGGUGCGAGCCCCGCGAAAUCGUGCAAAGUGCCAGCGGCGCCCGCUGCAAGUCAAGCCGGGCACAUUUGA